GUUGCGUAUUUAGUACAGUUGCUAGGUUGUACAUUUCGAAGGUUAGAAAAACGGUUUUCGGAUAUUUGUUUUACAAGCUCCUAAACUUUGUGUACCGCUAGCUUCUUAAUUUUCCUUUUAAAUAUCAAGAACGGGGAGAAUUACUUCUCUAGUAAUCGGCAGCGGUUUGAACUCUGCUCUACCGACAAUGUUUCUCGACAACGAAAACUUUUGGGAUUAUUUUUAUCAUCUGAGUUCAUGCCGAUGCCACAAAUCAGCUGUUUAACUGCAAAUUUUGAAUUCCUCACGCGUUUCGCAGUUUCACUACUUCAACUAGCCGUGCCUGGGUCUAUCGUAUCUUUCUCUGCUAUGGACAGCGAGUCCAGUUUGAGCAGUUCUCCACAACGACUUCAUGGAUAACUCACUUUAGCCAAAUUGGAAGACGCCGUUUUCUUUCAGACAUUUUUUAGCCUUAGAGUGGCUAGAGUGACUUUGAAUGUUUAUUAACGUUCACGGAUAAUUGGCCGUUAUAGACGUCGGGAUUUGAAUGCCUUUGCAGGGGGGUUGUUGGUUUCUUUGCUGCAGACAAGGCUUCAGUUUGCUCGGACGGGACCAUGGGGAGAAAGAAGAGGAAGAAUCUUUUGAAUUGCGCAACAAGGACGAGCUAACAUUCAACGGGCGGCCCGGCUCAGGGGAGGUGACUAUUUCUCAACCCAUGCAUUCAGCCAAUGGAAUGCCUAGUCUGUCAGGUGUUCCUGAGGAGAAAAGGAGUCUGAUCAUUCAGCAGAAUAAAAUGGUUCAAGAAGAGGACCCUGAAGUACUGGUCAAAGGCUGGCUGUUGAAGGAGGUGACGGGGAGCUGGAUAAGACAGAGGAGGUUCUGGUUUGUGCUGACAGCCGAUUCUCUGGAUUACUACAGCGGUCCGGAGAGAGACGCCCGCAGAGUCAACACACUCGUACUGACCAGCCUCUGCUCUGUCCUCUGGCCUGAUAAACACACGUACAAACAGACAGGUUACUGGAGUCUGACAGUGUAUGGACGUAAACACUGCUAUAAGCUCUUUACUAAGCACUUCAAUGAGGCGGUGCACUGGGCAUGUGCAGUACAGAAGGUCAUUGACAGCAAGGCUCCCGUCGACACGCCCACCCUGCUCCUCAUGCGGGACAUAGAGGAGAAUAAGUUUAAUCCAGAGGCUGUGGAGCAUAUCUAUGAGCGUAACCCCAUUCUGAGGUACACACAGAGUCCUCUCUACGCUCCCUUACUGCCUUUUCCCUACGGCAGUCUGGAACACACACCUGUGAGUGGUAAGGGUUACACCAGUAUCCGUGAGGAGGCGGUCCGGCUCUUUAACUGCGUUCAGCAGUUAGAAUCUGCUCCUGAACCCAUCCCCCUCAUCCAGGGUUUACUUCAGACGUGUCUGGACCUACGUCCCCUGAGAGACGAGCUGUACUGCCAACUCAUCAAACAGACCAGCGUCAGCUCCCACACGCACGCGCACACGCGAGCGCAGUCAAACACACACCCGCAGUCGCAGGCGCGUCUCAGGUACUGGCAGCUUCUCACCUGUAUGAGCUGUACCUUUCUACCCAGCAGCAAUGUCCUCAAGUACCUCCGCUUCCACCUGAAAAGGGUGCAGAGUGUGUGUGUGGACCUGGAGGUAGAGAGCUAUGCGUCGUUUAUCUGUCACUCCCUGGAGAAGACGCGCUGUCGUGAGUGUGUGCCGUCCUGGGAGGAGAUCCAGGGGCUGAUGGGAAGGCAGGAGAUCCUGUGCACUGUGCAUUACCCAGGACAGGGCUGCUGUCAGCUCCCAGUUAACUCACACACUACAGCUAAUGAGGUGGUGAAGAAGAUGGCUGAGCGGCUCGGGCUGCAGGACAGCCGUAAUACGUUUGCUCUGUUUGAGCAGAAUGCAUGCUGGGAAAGGGUGUUAGCGGGCGGCACCAUCAUAGCAGACGUGAUGACCAGGUUUGAAAAUCUUUCAGCUAAAGAGCCUGAUUCUCAGUGGAGACUCUGUUUCAAACUCUAUUGCCUACUGGACACAGACAACAUCUCUACUGACAGCAUCGAAUACCUCUUCCUUUAUGAACAGUGUCAUGAGAUGGUCAUCCGUGGCCAGCUGCCUGCCUGCGAGGAUGACCUCCUCUCAUUGGCUGCUCUGAGACUGCAAAGCCUUCUGGGAGAUUUCAGCACCCUCUCUCCGUACCCUCCCCUGGAGCAAGUCUUCCCGUCCUCCGUCAUCGAAGCCCGGGUCCUCCUGACACCCGCCGACCCCCCGGGCUGCCCCUCCUUCCCCGGGGGCCUCUUGGCGGGGACCCUGUGGGGCCACAAACGCCGUCAGGAGAAAGACCAGCGCCUGCGCGCCCGGCUGAGGGAGGAAGGGGCCGUCGUCAUGGCAACCGUCCUGGAGCGCUGGAAAGCUUUGGCUGGCUACAGCAGGAGAGAUAGCAUGGCUGCCUACCUCACCAUAGCGCGCCAGUGGUCAGGGUUCGGUUGCACUCUCUACGAAGUGGACUUCUAUAUAAGCUCGACGGGCAGUUUCUCUCAGAGGCUUUGGCUUGGCGUGGCUGCUUCCUGUGUCUCUCUGUAUCGUCAGGGCGAAGCUGAAGCCCUAGAGUCUCUUCCUAUUGGUCAGAUCUGUUCCUACGGCGUUUCCGACAGCAACACCUUCAGGAUCACCGCUGGCGACAGAGACCUGCUUUUUGAGACCACCAAGCUGACUGAGAUCAUGCAGUUGAUGAAUGCCUAUUUCAGUGCCACCCGACGCCAACUGGGCAAGACAGAUGACUGCAUCACCAUGGAAACCACCCCCAAGCUCCGCCCCUCCCUGCUAGAGCUGCCCAGUCACCCGGUGUGAAGAGAAGUGUCCACACAUACACACAUAUAUUGACUUCACGAUGUGAGGAGAUGAGUGCCACACA